AUGCCUACAGUUGCCGCGUCUCGCAGCGACGCACUGGCGCCAGUGCACGAGAUGACCAUGGAGCGGCUGCGACGCGAGUACGUGUCUCUCAAGAGUACCAGCUACUCUUUGACAGUGGAGGAGUCACAUCUUAUGUGCAAGAUCGAGACGCUGCGCGAGGAGUCCGUCCGGGCAGCGCUGAACGCUGAGAUGAUGGAGGAGCAGGUUUCGAACCAGCUGUUCCGCCGCCUCGAUGGCGCAGAAAAGGAGGUACAGCACUAUCAGAGUUUGUUGAGGGAAGAGGAGAGCGAGACCGAGUCGCUGAGCAAGCGGAUCAAGGAGAUGCGCAGCCAACAGACAGAGGUCGAGAAUAUGUUGGAGGAGCGCCAAGAGUAUCUCUUAAUGAACCUGCAGCGCAAGCUCCUCGACAUGGCGCGCAAGAAGACGGAGGUGGAGCAGGAGCUCAUGGCGGAGCGGCAGAAGUACUUGGAUGUGCUUGUUACACGCCUCAACAUGCUGCGCGGCCGUGGGCCGGGUUCUAGCACUGAGUCCUCUGUGACAACCCAUUCGCAUCUGAGCCCGUCUGAAGCAAAUGUUGCUUCAGUGGAGAAGCAUGUUGAUGUGACGCUACCGACUACAACAGCAUCCCACACCCCCACGCUACCACUGAGGGUGGGAACCUCUCUUGGUGACGGCAAUAGCAUGCCGUCAGCCGAGAAGCCUCUGCAAGAGGAUGCCUGCCCCGGCACCACCCUACUGCUUCCCCUUGUCCUCACGCCUUCGCUCACUGCUCAGAAGAGGCCCAACGAUGGUUUCAGUGAGAGCACGUUGCUCAGCAACGCAAACGUUCCCAGUGGACGCUUCAGUAUGUCAACGACGCCCCGCUCUGCCGACCUGACGCCGCGCUCUUCACACUCCUCCGAGGCCCACCACGCGGUGGUGGCGCUCGAGCGGAAGCUCAACCAGCUGCUGCUGGACCAGGCCGUCGCUAUGCAGCGGACCUCCGCAACGGAGAAGCAGUGUGCCGAACUGACAGCGAAGCUGCAUGCGGUGCAAGAAGCGACUUUCCUCGACCGCGCUCGUGCCGCAAAGAUGAAGGAGGAGCUGGAGAAGGCCCGCGCUCGCCUCUCGGAGAUGAAGGCCACCGACAGCUGUGGCACCCCGUUCUCAUCCAUCGACGACGGCUUUGCAACGAGUAGCUCGAGUGUAUCCUUUGAAAACUCCAGCUUUGUCGCGUUAAGCAAUCUCUCGCUGCGGGAACGCACCCGCGAGUUGCUCUCGUCGGUGCCACCACCCAAUAUGAACUAG